AUGAGAGACAGAGAGGGGAACACCCCGCUCCUGCUGGCAGCUCAGGAAGGGCACACAGGCUGUGUUGAUUUACUGAUUAACCGUGGGUCCCUGGUAGACCAACGUGGCAGUGACCAAAUGACGGCUUUAUGCUUUGCUGCGCUUGGGGGCCACAAAGGCACAGUGAAAUUACUACUGAAAAAAGGAGCAGACCUUGAUGUCAAAGCCAGUCACGGAAAGCCCCUCCUGUACCUGCUGGCCCUGCAAGGACUGACAGACGUGGUCGAAAUUUUGUUUGACCAUGGAGCCAACCCUGAGGUAAGAGACUGGGAGGAACGCACGGCGUUGCACGCCUCCUGCUGGCAAGGAGACUGGGAAAUGGCAAGGAUUCUCCUACAAAAGGGCAAAGCCAACUGCAAUGCCUUUGACAAGGAAAGAAGGACUCCUUUACACUGUGCCGCAUGGAGAGGGCAUGUCAAUAUCGCCCACCUUCUUCUAGAGAAUGGGGCUUUUGUUGAUGCACAGUGCUCACAAGGUGCUACCCCCCCUCUGUAUCGCUGCUCAAGAGGGACAUGA